CAAGUCAACACCACUUUUCUUUUUCUUUUGUCCUCUGUUGUGUGAUCUGGUGAGACGAUGGAUGGGAAGCGUAUGGGUUUGAUCCUCUCCCUGUGUGCCGUGGCUUUUGCCAUGGCGUCAGGGUCGGCUGCUUAUCCUUCUGGCUUCGGUUUUGAUUCUGGUGUGUGCGGAGCAGAGACUGUGGAAGGAGGCGGAGGCGGUGAUGGGCGGAGGCGGAUAAUGGACAUAAGCCACGCCAUCAGGGAGGACAUGCUUUCAUGGGACUCCGCCGAAGGCCUCGGCAGCUUUCUGUGGCUCGCCCUCAGCAUGAGGAACGGCUCCCUCGCCAACUCCUCCGUCAUGAAGCUCCCCACCCACACCGGCACCCAUGUCGACUCCCCUGCCCAUGUCUUUCAGGAAUACCAUGACGCCGGCUAUGAUGUCGAUACCCUCGACCUCCAUACCCUUAACGGUCCUGCAUUACUCGUGGAUGUACCCAGAGAUAAAAACAUAACUGCGAUGGUCAUGGAGUCCCUAAGUAUUCCUAAAGGAGUCAAGCGUGUACUCUUCAGAACUUUGAAUACUGACAGGAAUCUCAUGCUGAAACGAGAGUUUGAUACAAGCUAUGUUGGCUUUAUGAAGGAUGGUGCGCAGUGGCUGGUAGACAAUACUGAUAUCAAACUUAUUGGGGUUGAUUAUUUAUCAGUUGCUGCAUUUGAUGAUCUGAUUCCUUCACAUUUGGUCCUUCUAAAAAGCAGGGAUAUUAUCGUGGUCGAGGGCCUCAAAUUAGACAAUGUAAAGCCUGGCUUAUACUCAUUGCACUGCUUGCACCUCCGAUUAAUAGGUGCAGAGGGAUCGCCAAUACGAUGCAUCCUGAUUGAAUGAGACUCCUACGAGUGUUAUGCAGUUCAGAGAAAACAUAUUUAGCACGUGCCUCUCCUUGGUGGAACUCCUGACAUAUAUAAAUCUUUCACUUUUGUAUAUGGCAACAUUUAAAUGUCUUUGAUGGUUUGUGAAUUACAAAAGAGUAAUAGAUGGACACGGUUUCUAUUAAUCCAUGUAGAAUGAGUCCUCUUAAAAAUCUAUUUUUGAGAUGGA